AGUCCUCCAUAUUAGGUGAGGCAGGUUUAUUGCUACAUGAAGCAGGUAAAACUACUUUUGUAGCUCAAACUAUAGGAAGAACAAGCGUUUAAGCUUGAGGUACCACUGAGCAUUAAUUCAUUGUUUCAUCUUUUAAAAAAAUUAAGAGCGGAUAUUUUUUCUUGUUAGUAAACUUGGAGCCACAGUAGUUAUUGCUAAACACAGCUGUAGCGCUGUCGUGUGUCGGCUGACGUGAUCUCCUGCCUCUUGAGRACCGAAGGACGCGCCGCAAUGGACAGUCGUGUUACUGUGGAGCAUUAUAAGGCAGCCAUGGUGCUGAGUGGUGCUGGUGAUGCUCUGGGCUAUAAGAACGCUCAGUGGGAGUUCUGUAGGUCUGGACCAGCCAUUCACAAGGAGCUGCAGGAGCUCGGCGGCUUGAAGAACAUCAAGGUUCAGCUUCCCGAUUGGCCUGUGAGCGAYGACACUGUUCUGCAUCUGGCAACAGCCGAGGGCCUGGCAACUGACAAACCAGAGGAGGAUCUCCUUCAUGAGGUGGCUGCUCGAUACGUGGAGGGRAUGAAAGACAUGGCUGGGAGGCAACCAGGCCAAACGACCUGUGUGGCUGUUUCUCAACUGAGACCUGGAUUGAAAGGGGGCUACAGAGUUGCAUAUAACCCCAUGGGGGCAGGCUGCGGGGCAGCCAUGAGAUCAAUGUGCAUCGGCCUGAGGUAUCCGAGGCCUGACCAGCUAUUGUCGCUCGUGGCUGUUGCAGUGGAGACGGGCAGGAUGACGCACAACCACCCCACUGGUUUCCUGGGAGCCGUAGCGUCGGCCYUGUUCGCCUCAUACGCCGUCCAGCGCAGGCCGAUCACCACCUGGGGACUGGGCCUGAUCARCGAGGCCUGUCCCAUAGCCAGGAAGUUCGUUCAGGAUCGGGGCUUCGCUGUGGAGGAGACGUUGAAAGACUGGGGCUACUUCUGUGACAAGUGGCAGUGGUACCUGGAUCAGAGGGGCCUCUCCAAUGGAAUGGGACCGCUGAUUUGGCCKACAUCCUACGGCCCAGCUGAGAGAGAUAAGAUCUACAAGACCUUCAGCCUGUCUGGCUGGGCGGGAGCCUGCGGUAGUGAUGCUCCGAUGAUCGCUCUGGAUGCCCUGCUGGGGGCCGGCUCUGACUGGGAGGAACUGAUGAGUAGAGCUGCCUUCCAUGGAGGCGACAGUGACAGCACAGCAGUAAUCGCUUGCUUCUGCUGGGGUCUCCUGUACGGCACCGAGGGGGUCCCUGAAGGCAACUACUGCAAACUGGAGUACCGGGACCGACUGGAGCGCUGUGCCGAGCAGCUCUACGCUCUGUCACGUUAACAUGAAAGCUAUGUAGGUGGGAUUGUAACCACUUGACGGGAACGACCGUUGUGUUCGGAUGAACAGCAGACAAGACCAGUUCCUUUAAAGGCACAGUUUGAAGGAUUUUGUCAAAUCUUUUAGCUGAAAUGGAGAUAAUCACUAAUGACAAUAAUAGAA